AACCGUCGGGUCUUGCGGUUAUAUCAGGCGAGGGAUUUCUUUCAAAAUGUACUAGCCACUGUCAUCAGUGCAAACUGCGUCUGAGUUUUAGAACAGAACAGGCUAAAAGGCUAUAGCAAGAUGAAAGUAAGAAGAGUCGGCAAAACGGUCCUAAGCGUUGUACAGGCCGAGGGUGUGGGUGCUUUUGUGCGCAGGUGUAUUGGGAGAAAUGAUCUUAAGAAUUUAGACCCCUUUCUGAUGUUAGAUGAAUUCCGUGUCAGCAAGCCUGCAGGUUUUCCUGAUCAUCCACACAGAGGAUUCGAAACCGUCACUUAUCUCCUGAAAGGCACUUCAGCACAUGAGGAUUUCUGUGGCCACUUUGGGAAACUGGAGGCAGGAGACCUGCAGUGGAUGACUGCGGGCCGAGGGGUGGUCCAUGCAGAGAUGCCAGUGUCGGAGGAGCCCAUCCAUGGCCUUCAACUGUGGGUGAAUCUGAAGAGAGCCAACAAGAUGGUGGAGCCGCAGUACCAAGAGCUGAAGGCGCAUGAGAUCCCCAAGCCCAGCAGAGAUGGCGUUACUGUAGCAGUCAUCUCUGGGGAGGCCCUGGAGGUGAAGUCCAGGGUCUACACGCGCACCCCUACUAUCUUUCUUGAUUUCAAGCUGAAGCCAGGUGCAACGCAUGUACAGCCAAUAACUACAGGAUGGACAGCAUUUAUUUACACCCUCUCUGGAAAUGUGUGUGUUGGUCCACCUGAGGACCAGCAGCAAAUAGAACCACAUCACACAGUGGUUCUUGAAGAUGGAGAUUUCAUUAGAGUAGAGAACAAGGCAGCUGAGGAGUCCCAUUUUGUACUGAUUGCAGGAGAACCCAUCCAUGAACCAGUGGUCCAACAUGGUCCCUUCGUCAUGAACACGGAGGAGGAGAUCACACAAGCCAUCAGAGACUAUAAAACAAAAACCAAUGGAUUUCAGAGGGCAAAGGCUUGGCGAUCAAAAAUUGCUCAGUAAUUUGCUUGUGUCCCCUAAAAUGUCCACUGUAAUAAUACUUAAUUUGGUGUGCUGUGCUUCAAAGUGCAUGUGUAUAAUGUAGUCAUCUCUCAGGCAUUAAAAUAUUUAUCAGAAGUUGUUUGUACACCAUUUCCAACCCGUUGCUCCAUUAAAGUACGGCUAAACAGCUA